AUGGAGCAGAAAGAGACCGGAGCAAUAAAUAAGGCGACCGAAUUGAUCUCACAAUUCGAGAUGGUGUUUUCUUGUAUUCAGGCGACAUUUCAUCCGUUCGGGGUGGUGGGUGAGAUCGCUGGCAAAAGCUCAAAUGUGGCUUAUGCGGCUCGCCAUAUCAUGAAUGUACAUGCAAGAGACGGGGACCCGGGUGUGAUGGACACAUUAAUCACGGUAAUUGACGCGGAUACCCACCUUUUGCAGGAUUAUUUUAGUGAGAUUAGACGCCUUCACCUUGACGAAGAAGUUAGUCCCGAGCGAAGCUUCUAUUCGUGUCCGAUUAUCUUCGAUCGCAAUUCGUUGCAAACUCCAGCUUUGGUGCGUUGUGCAGACUUGAUGUGGGGGUUUGCUGGGAUCUCAGCCAUGUACCCAAGCUCGCCGAUUUGCAUUCCAACCUCCGUCUAUACUUUGCCUUUAGCGCUAGCAAAAAGGGUUGGUGGCUGGGACAGUGAUGCGUCUGCCAUUGGUGAAGAUAUGCACAUGCUUCUCAAGUGCUAUUUUUCCAUGAAUGGCAACAUUACCACACGCGUGGUUUAUAGUGCGGCAAGCCAGUGCAACGUCUCCAGUCACGACAUCAUUGGCCGACCACGGACUAUAGGCACACUUGUUGCCCGCUACCGCCAGGCGUUGCGUCACAUGUGGGGCGCAUUGGAUACUGGAUACGCCAUUCAAAGAAGCUUUGGCAGCCUGAAGCGUCCCAGCUGGCGGCUUCUUUUCACCGGGAAGCAUCUGGCACUGGUACACCUUCUUUGGGAGGCACACUUCUUGCCGUGCCAUUUGGCAAUCUGCCUUCUGAUCACCUCUAUUUAUUCUGCAUUGACGCCACCAGAGCUUAUUCACCCUGAUCUUCUGUUGGCGUUAAAUUGGGCGGGGAUCUUACGCGCCUCCUCUUUCAUAAUGAUGAAUAUCUGCAUCAUUGUCUAUGACCACUGGCACUAUUUUUGCGUGAACACCCGUUCUCUGGAUAUGAUGGACGCAGGAAUUGUCGAUGCGGGUUUUUCGUUCCGAUACAGGUUCAGCCUUAGCAGUCUUGUUGACCGCAUCAUCUUCCCUGUGGCGGGAACUGUUUUCGGGCCCAUUCCGGCUGUACAAGCUGUUAUCUCACAUUUUUGGACGGAUAGACUUGAAUAUCAAGUGAGCCAGAAACCUACCUUCCUGGGCAACCCAGUUUGA